GCAUGGCAUGCUCGCGCCAUUUCCUGCCUUUCCUAUGAAUCCCUCGCUCCUUCCGCGGACACCCCCGUCUUUCGGCUCGUACUCGUUACCGCAGGACGCCGGUUCAUUAGGCGCACCCUCGGCUGUGGCUAGCGGCAGUGUGCAACCCACUGUGGCUCCCGAUCCUUCUAUGUCAUCAGCCACAGGUUCAGUUUCCGAGUCCCACGUUCAGCACAACCGUGUCGGUAUCAAGUCGGACAAACAAGCGAAAGCGACAAAACCAUCCCGGGUCAAGAAAAACAGCAUAGCUGAAGCAUAUCCGUCUAGCUCCUCCCGUCGGGUAUCGAGGACAUCUGCCUCUCCGCCCGCUGCAUCCGCACCACUAUCCCAUGAACCACCACAGUCGACAAUAUCGCAGUUCUUUAGAAAUAACCGCGGCCAACCCCUUCUUUUCUACAUCCAGGUGGACCUCAGAAACCGUAACGAUGCCGUGCAGCAGGUCAAGAGACACGGAGGCAAGAUCACGGCCGAUAUUGGUCAAGCGGAUUAUGUCAUCCUCAAUCCCCAAAGCAGCAAAAGCCAAACGUCAUACACGUACUUGUUCGAAUCAGCCUUGGCAGCAGAUCAGGUUCCCCUGCAACCGACUUAUAUUCGCGAUUGCACAAUCAACAAGACAUUACUUGAGAUCGACAACUACAUAAUUACGCCUCCGAAGAGCCUACGGGGAGGUCAUCCCAACGGCAAAGAUGGCAGUCCCAAAAGAAACAACGUCCAAAAAGGCCGGGCAUCCAUGUCUCACUCAGGAGAUGGCGUAGGUGGAGACGGGGAAAAACCUGUGUCCAGGAAGAGGGCCCGCGUAACGUCCAUUUCCGAGGGAACGCAGGGCCGAAAGGGUGGUGAUAAGAGGAAAGUGACUGAAGCUGCAGAAUCUUUGGCGCCAUUUCGACAACCAACGCCGUUAGCCGCACCUGAACCCUCAGACCAAUGUUCGUACAACGAACAAGAUGUCGAUUAUCAUCAGUUGAGUGAGAUGGGCUACUCGAAGGAUACCUCCCGUGGAUCGGAAGAACCGACGGCCGGUUCUGACAAUCCUCGACCGGAUGGACAUCCGGAACACGCACAGCCCACGAACGGACAGGACAUCCUCACCCAGUCGGCCUCACGAGACGCCCACUUUGAUCGCGAUCUGCAGGUUGUUUCCCAGUACCUAUUCUUGUCGGAUGAUUUAGAGAAUCGUUCUGAAGCCGAAGUUUGGGGCAUAUUGGAUGAGCAGGUAAACGUCGCGAAUCAUUCGAGUACGGCUGGUAUUGAUGGUGAUUCUGAAUUAGACACCCUGUCAUAGCUGCCCAUCUUGGGCAGGUGAGUGACAGAACAUCUAGGUACCACACUGGUUUUUAUCGUGUACAACAGACUUCUACGGAUACAAUCAUGAGCUUGUCUCUCGGCAGGUGGAGGAGUUGUUCCAGAUCUCAAGACGUUCAGACCAUGGUACGCUAGCAAAACUGGAACGCAAACAUUAAUCCGCAAAUGCUCGUACACGGUGCACAUGGUUCUACACUGCAGUA